AUGGCACUGGUUGGAGACCUACACUCAAUCGUACAACUACAAGAAUGUGGACUGAAGGCGACAUACAGAGCACUGGACUAUUCUGGCUCCCUCGAUGUUACCCGUCACCUUCAUCUCGACCCUGAUCAAGAGUGCACUGAGCGUGCAAUGGAUACCGCCGCAAUGUUUGGCCGAUUGGACAUCGUCCAGUUCUUGCACGUCCAUCGCAAGGAAGGCUGUACCGUUCAGGCUAUGAACACGGCGUCAUAUAAUGGACAUCUAGAUGUAAUCAAGUUCCUUCAUCAUAAUAGGACUGAGGGAUGUACAACGAACGCCAUGAUCUUUGCGGCACAAUCAGGCCACGUCAACGUAGUUGACUUCCUGCAUCACAACAGAACAGAAGGGUGUCUUGAGCGGGCAAUGGACCUAGCCGCCAAGUAUGGCCAUCUCAACACUCUGGAGUACUUGCAUAUCAACAGGACCGAGGGCUGCACUACCAACGCGAUGGAUGAAGCUGCAUUCCUUGGACAUCUGGAUAUUGUCCAGUGGCUACACCACAAUCGAACAGAGGGCUGUACCACUGCUGCGAUGGACAGAGCAGCCUCGAUCCCCAUCAUAGAGUUUCUUCAUAAUAAUCGAACAGAGGGCUGUACAUCUGCCGCGAUGGCUAGUGCAGCACUCACUUCCAAUCUCCCAAAGCUCAAGUUCCUGCAUUUGAAUCGAAGUGAAGGCGACAUUCAUGAGACAUGGCACAUAGCAAUACGCGACUCCACCAAAGAGAUCAUCGACUACCUUCUAGAAUUCUACGAUCCAGUAUCUGAUGAUCAGGUGGAAUAUGAAAUUCAUGAAGAAGUCUACGAAGACUAUCUAGAAUGA